AUUCACAUAAAACAUCAACACAUAGUAAUACAAAGAUUUUCGUUUUUAAAGUUGUGGAGGAUCUCGAGGGUUUGAUGCUGUUCUGGGGUGGUUUCUUUGUUGGAGCUUCCAUUAAUGGCGGAUUUAGUGAAGCAGAUACUGGCAAAGCCGAUUCAGUUAGCCGACAUGGUGAUUAAAGCCGCCGACGAGGCUUGUUCCUCCAAGCAAGACUGCGGCGAGAUUAAGUCCAAGACGGAGAAACUGGCGGCGCUGCUCCGGCAGGCCGCACGCGCCAGCAACGACCUGUACGAGCGCCCGACGCGGCGGAUCCUCGACGAAAUCGAACAGGUCUUGGAAAAGGCUCUGGCUUUGGUCCUCAAGUGCCGAUCCCACAGCAUCGUCAAGCGCGUGUUCUUCAUCAACCUCGCGGCGGCGUUCCGGAAAAUGCAUUCCCAAUUGGAGAACUCCGUCGGGAACGUGUCCUGGCUCCUCCGCGUCUCCGCCUCCGCCUCGGCGGACGAGUGCCUGGGCCUCCCUCCCAUCGCCGCCAACGAACCCAUCCUAUGCCUGAUUUGGGAACAGAUCGCGACCCUCCACACCGGCCCCCCCGACGACGCCUCCGCCUCCGACGCCGCCGCCUCCCUGGUCUCCCUCGCCCGCGACAACGACCGGUACGGGAAGCUGAUCAUCGAGGAAGGCGGAGUGGGCCCACUGCUGAAACUCCUGAAGGAAGGCAAACCGGAAGGCCAAGAAAAUGCAGCCAGAGCAAUCGGGCUUCUGGGCCGCGACCCGGAAAGCGUGGAGCAGAUAAUCGUCGCCGGCGCCAGCUCCGUCUUCACCAAGGUCCUCAAAGAAGGUCCGAUGAAAGUGCAGGCGGUGGUUUUGGCCAGCAACAAAACCGCCAAUAAAAAUUCCACCAAUUUGCAUAAUGUGGUUGAAACCACCGUGGCAAUGAAAUCCCAAAACCACCAUCACCACCACCACCAUCACUACCAGAACAGUCUCUCAAUCAAAUCGAGAGAAUUUGAAGACCCAGAAACCAAAUCUUUCUUGAAGUCAAUGUCAGCCAGAGCACUCUGCCGCCUAGCCAAGAACAACCAUUCAAUCUGCCGCAGCAUAACGGAAUCAAGAGCCCUCCUCUGCUUCGCCGUCCUUCUGGAGAAAGGCCCAGAAGACGUGCAGUACAACUCAGCGAUGGCAGUGAUGGAGAUCACCGCCGUUGCAGAGCAGGACCCGGAUUUGAGGCGUUCGGCGUUCAAGCCCAAUUCCCCCUCCUGCAAAGCCAUCGUUGACCAGCUCGUCCGGAUCAUAGAAAACCCGAAUUCCAAUCUCCUCAUCCCCUGCAUCGUCUCCGUCGGGAACCUGGCAAGAACAUUCCGGGCAACGGAGACGAGAGUGAUAAGCCCACUGGUAAAGCUCCUGGACGACGACGAACGGGAAGCUGACGUGGCGAGAGAAGUGGUCGUCGCGCUGACGAAGUUCGCCAGCAAGGACAACUACCUCCACAUGUACCAUUCCAAGGAGAUCAUAGGGUGCGGUGGGGCCAACCACCUGGUACAGCUGGUGUACCUGGGAGAAUCCGAAGUGCAGAGCUCGGCUCUGGUUCUGUUGUGCCACAUCGCCAUGAAUGUGCCGGACUGUGAAGAGCUGGCGCGAGCGGAGGUGCUCACGGUGUUAGAGUGGGCGUCGAAACAGGCUAACAUUGCCGCCGCCGCGGCGGAUGACAAGGCGGAGACGCUGUUACAUGACGCCAAAAGCAAGCUGGAACUCUAUCAGUCCAGAGGCUUGAGGGGAUUUCGCUGAUUAAAAAAAGACUCUUAUUUGA